UGCCUGCUCCUCCUCACAAAAGCUUUGGGCGAAUUCCUUUCUCCGGGUUUUCAAGCCAUCUUUUAAAAAUCCAUCCCGCUCUCUCGCGUUGAAAGCUGGAGCUGUGUCGGGAAACGAGAGACAGAAGGAGGAAGCUUGCAGAGAGCAGGGAAAAGAGGGAAGGAGGGAGCGAUUAGGGAAGCAAUCGAUAAACCGGAUCCAGAAGGUGGCCGGGGACGCGGCGCUGCGGUCGCUUUCCAAAAGCUAAAGGAUCCAGACGGUGAAGAAGAUCGCCAUGGAGGAAUAACGCGUCUGCUGAUGCCGGCUGUUAGCAAGUGAAGGGUUUGGGAGAGGCGGUGGAAGCAGCCCGCGAUCCCGCAGCCGGGUUGCAAAGAGCCCGGACAGUGGAAGCUCGCGGCUUGGACUGCUGGCUGUUGAGCUGGGAAGGAAGAAGCGGGCGGGGAAGCGGCGACAUCAACACAGAGUGUGACGCCGCAGGCUUUGGUCAUGCCUUUCGCCAAGAGGAUCGUGAAGCCCCGGAGGCUGUGCCGGCAGCAGCACAUCGCCUCGGUGCUAGACGAGUACUCCGGAGUCGAGCUUCCUCAGCCAGUGAGCUACCGAGAAGAGCCCGGGGAGGCGAUGGACGAGCCGGGGGAAGAGGUUCCGGCUGGGCUGGCUGCCGCGCUACCCGCCGAGGGAAAGGAGAACCAGGAGGCGGCGGCGCUGAUGCUUUUGGAUCUGUGCUCGGUCAGCAAUGUGGCUCUCUCGCGGAUCCUCCGGCAACUCUCCGAUGUGGCCAAGCACGCCUGCACCCUUUUCCAAGAAAUCGAGAGCGAGAUCCAGCUCACUCACCGCAGGGUCCAGGCGCUCCACAGCCGGAUUGGCGGCGUCCAAACCAUUUUGCACAAUUUGGAUCCCAAGCAGGAGGCAGUGCCUGUCUCAAACCUGGAUGCAGAAAGCAAACUGAAUGUGUAUUAUCAUGCCCCUUGGCAUCAGGAGAGAAACAUAUUCCUUCCUUCCACCAGACCAGCAUGUGUAGAGGAGCUGCAUCGCCAUGCCAAGCAGAAUUUGAGAGCCUUGAGGAAGGAGCAUCGAAACCAGGGUAAUAACCAAGAGCAAAAAACUGUGAACCGAACUGUGGUAGCUCCCCCUUUUCCCACUUUUCCUGUGAUCCACACUAAGAAGGAAAAAGAGACUAAGGACCAUCACUUGCUAAAAUUUUAUAGAACCCGCUCAUCUUCCCCUACUGAGUGUUGCCACAUGACCCCAUGGAGUAAAAAGUCCCACCACCCUUCGGAGGAAGAAGAUACAGAUAUCAUGUUAGGACAGAGGCCAAAAAAUCCAAUACACAAUAUACCUUCUACACUGGAUAAACAAACAAAUUGGAGCAAAGCACUACCCCUCCCAACUCCAGAGGAGAAAAUGAAACAAGAUGCCCAAGUGAUUUCCUCUUGUAUUAUCCCCAUCAACGUCACUGGAGUUGGUUUUGACCGAGAAGCUAGUAUACGCUGCUCACUUGUUCACUCCCAAUCUGUGCUGCAACGAAGACGAAAACUGAGAAGGAGAAAAACCAUCUCAGGCAUCCCCAGAAGAGUCCAACAAGAAAUAGAUUCUGAUGAAUCACCAGUAGCAAGAGAACGGAAUGUUAUUGUGCAUGCAAAUCCAGACUUCUCUAAUAACAUCAACAGGAGAUCAGGUACCCGAGACUCUGAGUGCCAAACAGAAGAUAUUCUCAUUGCUGCUCCAUCCCGGAGAAGAAUACGAGCUCAGAGGGGUCAAAGUGCAGUAGCUUCACUGUCUCAUUCAGCUGGCAACAUAUUGGUGCUGACAGAUAAUGGUGACUCUAUGUUUACAUCAAUGAGCAAUCGUGUUCGAUCAAGGAGUCUUCCUCGUGAAGGUGCUAGAGCCAAUGAAAAAGAUCACAAUAAUGGUGCCAAAAUUUCAGCAUAUGAGGCAGAACACUUUUUAACAAAUCAAGAACGAAUCUCCGCAAAGAAUAAGGAUGCUAUUAAUAACCACUGUUCACAGGAACACCAUCCCAGGGGCUUAGCUUGUUCCCAGCAUUUUCAUAGUCCAGAUCAUAACUCAAAUGAAAGAGGGAGGUCAAGGUUAUCAAGGAUAGUAGAUUCUGGAAGUUGUGAUAUUUCUUCAAAUUCUGAUACCUUUGGAAGUCCAAUUCACUCUAUCUCCACAGCUGGGGUUCUUCUCAGCAGUCACAUGGACCAGAAAGAUGAACAUCAAUCAUCCAGUGGAAACUGGAGUGGAAGUAGCUCAACAUGUCCUUCCCAAACAUCUGAAACAAUUCCUCCUGCUGCUUCACCUCCACUGACAGGUUCUUCACACUGUGAUUCAGAAUUAUCACUGAACAUAAUUGAACACUACGGUGAACAUAAAAUUAGAGGUCACAGGGCAAGUUCUUUCACUUCUGAUGUGCUAGAUGACCCUAACAAUAGCAACACAAGUGACAGUGAGUGGAAUUAUUUGCAUCAUCAUCAUGAUGCAUCCUGCCAUCAAGAUUUCAGCCCAGAACAUCCCAAGACUGAUAGUCUGGGCUGUCCGAGUUUUACAAGCAUGGCCACUUAUGACAGUUUUGUAGAGAAGACUCCAUUGGAUAAAGCAGAGACUAGCUCACAUUUUUCAGUCGAUACUGAAGGCUACUAUACCUCCAUGCACUUUGACUGUGGACUCAAAGGAAAUAAAAGUUAUAUUUGUAACUAUGCAGCUGUGGGCUCUGAAAAUUGCCAGAAUUCAAGUUUUGCUUCCAAUUUCACUCACUGUAAUUGGCAAGAUUAUAUGGAUCAUAGGAAGCAAGGGAAACCAGGCAUAUCUCUAAAGAAACCAAAGGCAAAGCCAGCCCCACCAAAACGCAGUUCAUCUUUAAGGAAAUCUGACACUAGAACAGAUAUUUCAGAGAAGAAAGAACCAAAGAUAAGUAGUGGGCAGCAACAUAUGCCUCAUACUUCCAGAGAAAUGAAGCUGCCCCUCGAGUUUGCAAACACACCUUCAAGGGUAGAAAAUACUAGCCUGCCAAGUAAACAGAAACCUUCCUGGCAUAAUCAGGAUGAAAAUGACGUAAAGGGCCUCCCAUUUGAUUCCAUGGAUAUUGUAUCAUUUAAAGAUGAAGGUGCUGAACAAUCUCACUAUGCAGAUCUCUGGCUUCUAAAUGACUUGAAAUCUAAUGAUCCCUAUAGAUCUUUAUCUAAUUCAAGCACUGCUACGGGUACUACGGUCAUAGAAUGCAUAAAGUCACCAGAAAGUUCUGAAUCUCAAACAUCACAGUCUGGAUCAAGAGCCACCACUCCUUCUCUUCCUUCUGCUGAGAAUGAGUUUAAGUUGGCAUCCCCAGAAAAACUGGCUGGUUUAGCUUCUCCUUCAAGUGGCUAUUCCAGUCAGUCAGAAACCCCAACAUCAUCAUUUCCAACAGCAUUUUUUUCUGGUCCCCUAUCUCCAGGAGGGAAUAAAAGAAAGCCAAAAGUACCAGAACGGAAAUCCUCAUUACAACAAUCUUCUAAAGAUGGCAACAUAUUUUUAAACAAAGACUUAGAACUUCCAAUUAUACCUCCUACUCAUCUUGACCUAAGUGCUCUUCAUAAUGUUUUGAUUAAACCAUAUGCUCCCAGACCCCAGCUGCAUGCUUUUAACAAUAAUAAAUCAAAUAUGAUAGAAGAAGUACUGAAUUCUAAUUCUUCACCAGUUCUUGCUAUUACACCUUCAGUGCUGAAGUCAGUACAUCUUCGAUCAAUUAAUAAGCCUGAAGAAAGGAGACAGAAAGACAAUCCAGAUUUUCUACCCAUUCAAGAACAUAGUUUUGUAACUGCUAUUUCUUCAUGCAAAAUGAAACCACAUGUAAGUAAGAAGCAAAUGUCACAUCAGUUCUUCAUGGAAGAUGCCAUAGUGUCUUAUAUCAAUCCCUCCCCAGUACAGAUAAGCCCAGAACAGCUACUAGGAGAAGAUAGUUUAACCUUUAGUGAAAGAAAUAUCUGUCAAGAGAAUCUAAACUCAUUAGUAGAGAGUGUUCCAGCAGCUAAGAGUGUACCAGAUCAAAUACAUUCAGUACAUGGGAUUUUGUUAGAGCAUACAACUAAUAAAGCUUGUGGGUUUUCUGAAUUUCCACAAGGCACAACAGUUUUUCCAAGUAAUCUUGAAGGCAAAAUUACUUGUGGAUCAGAACAGAAUAAGAGCAUUAACCCCGUGCAGUCUCCAUAUGAAUUACCUGCACACUGUGAACAAAAGUCAAAAUAUGAACCACUACAUGAAGAUAUUCCUCGGUCUGACUCCUUAACUUGGGGAGCAGAUACUUGUUAUCAGCUGAAGCAUCAGCUUGAUAUAAGCCAACGUGAUGACAAAGUGCCUGAGAAUAUCAAUUAUGAACCAGAGAUCUCAAAUAUAGAUUCACUAAGUGAAAAAUGCUCUGAAAAUGAUAUCAUGUCAGGUAUUCCAACCAAAAGUGCCUCAGAUGACAGUGAUAGCAGAGCAGCUGAGACACAAGAAACUACAGAAGAUGAUACCUUAAAAGAAUCUUUUGUGAGUGAUGAUUCUAUAAUCUCACCCAUAAAUGAGGAUUCUCAAAUUGAAGUAGAAGAGUUUUUGAUGUCUCCAAAUAAACCGCGAACAACAGAGGAUCUGUUUGCAGUAAUUCACCGGUCAAAAAGGAAAGUGCUCGGAAGAAAAGAUUCUGGAGACCUUUCUUCAAGAAACAGACUGAAAGCUUCAUCUAGUAGUAAUAGUGUAUCUUCUGUCAGCAACACCUCACCUGCAACUAAUAUUCCCCUCAAUACUACCAAUGUGGGAAGUCCAGCAUGCAGCCAGAGGUCUCCUGGACUUAUUUAUCGGAAUGCCAAAAAGUCCAGUACAUCAAAUGAGGAAUUUAAACUACUGCUCUUGAAAAAAGGUAGUCGGUCUGAUUCUAGCUAUAGGAUGUCAGCCACUGAGAUACUAAAGAGUCCUAUUUCUCCCAAAUCUCCCGGAGAACUAAUUGGGGAUAUUCUUCAAACUGCAGAUGAACCCUUCCAAGCCUCAUCAAGAGCUGAGGCAUUAGCUCCUCUCUCUCCUUGUCCCCCAAGGAUAAACGUAGAAGGGUUUUCUUCCAGAAGUUUUCCCACAUCAGCAUCUUCACGUGUAGGACGAUCACGAGCACCUCCAGCUGCAAGUAGUAGCCGAUACAGUGUCCGCUGCAGAUUAUAUAACACCCCAAUGCAAGCCAUUUCAGAAGGAGAGACAGAGAAUUCAGAUGGGAGCCCACACGAUGAUCGAUCUUCUCAAAGCUCAACAUAAGUUACCUAAGGGUCUGAGCAAAAUUCUGACUGUUAAAUGGGGGAACUCUGCAUUUGCUAAGCUCAUUUCACUUUAAAAAGCCUAUUCUGUAGCAGUCAAAUACCUUGCAAGGCAAUAUGUGAUGCUUGAAAAUGUUAAAGAGUGCUGAAAGAUGGGGUUAAAUGAUCUGUAGGUAUUUAUUACAACCCAUUUUCUAUGACUAGAAAUAUAUGGUUAACCUUUAAUUCCUCCCCACCUUUCUUCUUUCCACCCUCAAUGUAAAUUUAUCCAGUUUUCUAUAUUCCUUUUUUCUCUUCAGAAACAUUACAUUACUGUUGUGCUUCCCUAGGGAUAGCAUAAAUAAAGUUGGUGAGGAAUUAGUAUUUUUUUACAUUAAAAUGAAUUGAAACAAAAUAGAAUGGACAAAACAGAUGUACAUUUCUGUAUUUUUGAUAAGCAAAUGUAAAUAAAAUUAUUGCAGAGAAAAAUGUGGUGGGUGACAAAUGAAAACUAUCUUAUAUGAUAACAAAGGAUAAAGAUAUGGUAAUGUAUUCUGUGAAUACAAUUUUCAGAUCAAAUUUAUUUACAUAUCAAUCACUACCACUAUUAAAUAAUUAAAGCCUCUAACAUAACUUGGAUUAGUGGAAAUCCUAUUAAUAAAAACUAUGAAAUUAAGUAAUAUCUGAUUUUCUUUGACAAUGUCAUUCCAAGCAAGCUAAUUUUAAAAUGAAUUCUUUGAAAAGAGGCUAAUUGAUAAAUACUACAAUGUUUAAAAAUCAGGUUUUCUGCUCUGGCUUCCCCCUCUUAAGAAUUCUGAGAAGUGUAGCUUUGUGGAAUUUUUUUGGUAUAUCAAAAAUUGUGUCACUUUUGACUGAUUUCUUCAUUUGUCACUUAAAACAAGUUUAAAGUUCUUUAAAGUUUGUUGCCAUUCUUAUUUCUUCAUUUAGUUUCUUUCCUUGUCAUCCUCCACUUCUUUACAUACUGCAGUUAUCUUAGGAAAUCUUUGUGUUGGUUUUCAGAUUUCUGUUGGAUGAUCUUCUCUGAAAUUACAAUCUAAUAAAAAUAUUAUUUCUUGAAUACUUAUAAACAAGGUAUUGCACUGAACAUGAGGACUGCAAAGGAACUACAAAAGCAGAAAAAUUAAAGAAAGAAUCUAAAGCUCAUAUAAAUAGCCAUAGAUUUAAAAAAUGGGAAAAAAAGGUUUAAAAUAAAGGAAAAUAGACAAUCAGCUAAAUAUUCAUUUGUUAUUAAAACAAUAGAAGAAGAAAAAUGAAAUAGAGGAAAAAAUGAGGUUUAAUAGCAAUAGUGUGUUAACAAAAUACAAAAUAUGAAAAAUAAAUGCAAAGAUCAGCCUUAAAAGUCAACUUACAAUUGAAAUAAACUAGCAUUAAUUGGCAAAAUCCAAACAGAACAGUGAAUUUUAAGAACUAAUUAGAUACUUGACAGACACAUACAAAUAUGCAUGCGCGCGCGCCCGCACACACACACACACAGAAAAACUCAGAGAUACAAAUAAAACCUGCUAUUAUCCUAAGACAAAAACUUUUAAAGUGACAUUUUGAACUAGCUCAGAGAUUGAGAAUUUAAUACUAAAUUAAUAGGGGUUUUUUAUUUAAAUUUGAGCCUUGAGUAACUGAAUCCUAGGCUAUGCUCAAUCCCAUUUAUUCCAUUUUAGUUAAUCUAUCCUGAAAUUUGAUGAACCUGCUAAAAUAAGUCAGCUGUAUUUGAAUAAAUAUAUUAAGAAUUGCACUGUUAUGCAGCAGUCUUCAACACCGCGAGUUAGCAAAUACUAUUGAAGUUCAAACAUUUUUAUUCAAUUAAACAAUUUGCCUUCCAUUUCCUUCUCAGUGAAUAGACUGAUAACCAUUUAUUGUUCUUGUUUUUUUUAACCUGGGAAUCAAAUCUCCUCUUAUUAAGAGCUGUGGUGGCACAGUGGUUAGAAUGCAGUACUGCAGGCUACUUCUGCUGACUGACUGCAAUUUGGCAAUUCAAAUCUCACCAGGCUCAAGGUUGACUCAGCCUUCCAUCCUUCCGAGGUCAGUAAAAUGAGGACCCAGAUAUUGGGGGCAAUAUGUUGACUUUGUAAACCGCUUAGAGAGGGCUGUAAAGCUGUAAAGCACUGUGAAGCAGUAUAUAAGUCUAAGUGCUAUUGCUAUUUAUAUGUGAGGAACCUACAUCUGCAGUUCUUUGAGGAAAUCCUUAAGUUGGCUUUCAGAUUUCUGUUGGAUGGUCUUCUCUGCAACUGCUGCAAAAUGAUGAUGAGGAUGAUGAUGAUGAUAUUUUGAGUAGUUAGAAACAAGGAAUUGCACUGAACUUGCAGACUGCAUAGAAACUACAGUAGAAACAUUAAAGAAAAUCUAGAUUUUUAAUUUUAUCCAGUCAUAUUAUACCAUAUAGUACAGUACAUAUAAUAACUCUUUGCAUAGCUACUAUAAUCCAUAGUAUUGGAGCUGCAGUCAUGCCUACUGCAAUAUGCUUAUAAUGGCAAAUUUUAUUUGCAUUAAGAGAAUAAAUUUGUUAUUACAAACUCAGGAAAAAUAUUUUUUUUUUUAAAUUACAAAACAAAAUCCCAUUUAUAUCAGGAUCUUUCUUUACUGCUCCUUUACUAUCAUAGGACUGCCAAGAUUCUGGAUUUCUGAGUUGUGUUUUAUAGGCAAGCAACACUUUACUAUAGGGCUGGAAAUUUAAUUAAGAAGUUUUUCUUUAAAUUGGGACUGUGUCAAUCAUCAGUAACAUUUAUACACUUUGCCUUAAAUUCCUCAUUCCAUAACAGCUAGACAAUAAUUUGAUCUGGAUAUCUGCAGAUUUGGCUCAUUGCUUGUACAGACCACCAUGAGCUCUGCCUUUAGUUCUCCGCCUAUCGAUAAUGUAUCCAUCAUUUUUAUCUGUUUCAUAGGAUUGCUGUGAGGAUCAAAUGGGAAAGCUCCUUAGAAGAAAGUUGCGUAGGCUACAAAGGUGAUUAAAUAGUGUGAUUAAUAUUUCUCUUAUGUGCAAGCUAUUGAAGAACAAUAAAAUAUAUUGCUUUCUAAUUCCUUUGAUAAUGUCACUUUGUUCAUCAUCUUGUAGACUUAAUAAUUCAGUGUUUCAGUUCUAAAAAAGAACUACAAUUCCCAGAGUUCUUAGGGGAAGCCAUAUCCAAUGAACAGAUAUGAGAGCUAUAGUGCCACCAUAACUAUUAGCAUUGGUGUUUGGAAUGAAAAACACAUGUAAAAAGGACAGUAGAAAUAACAUUUUUAAAAAACCUUUUAAGAAAAAAUGUUAGGUAUCCAGCUUUUUUUAUAUUUGGCACUUAAUAUGGCCAGUGAUUAUCGUUGUUUCAUACUACUAUGAAAUUGCUAGGGAAACCUAGCAAUGCUCUGAUAAAUAAAACAAAAUUAAUUUCAGGUUCAUAGCUAAGUAACUGUUAAGCAUGCAACAAAUGCUAUUGAUUCACAAAUAAACUGCACAAUAAUAAUUCAAUGAAACUUUGUAUGGACAACAUUCAUCCUACCUGAAUAUUUAUGAAAACAACACUGUGAAAAAAAUAAGAACUAGGCAUAUGUAUGCAUUCUUUAUACAUCUUAUAAACAUGGAAUGGAGAAAGUCUCUGAUUCAUAUUGCUCAGUUACUUUCUAGAUUUUAAAUCUAGAUUUAACUAAAAAUGUUUACAAUACUAGGAAAGAAGUCCAUAGUAGAUGGGAUGCAGAAGAAAUCAGAGCAAAUAUUAUGACUAAAUGAAAGCAGGGGAAAGCUGGAUUAUUUGAAGUUGCUUGAAAUUUUUUGUUAGAAGACAAAAAACAGUUAGAAGUAUGCUGGUGGAUCAAACUACAGUAGGGAUUUUUAAAAGUCAUCUCUAUAUCUUUUCCCAAGAUAUAACACAUCAGUUUGCCAUGUGUAACCUGCUCUAAAAUGAAUUAUUUGAAUUGGGUUGUAAAAUGCAGUUUAUCAAACUGGAGAACUAAUUAAAGCAGAAUUUAGGAAGAAAGAUUUUGAAACUAUUUUGGGAUGAAAUGUAUUCUCAAGUUCUGACUAAGUCCAGUAACUGAUUUAAGUAAAUAGUCAGUAGUAGAGAAAUGUAGCUCCUGGGGAAGGUGGCUUCAAACAGACGUAAAUUCUUGUAGGAAUCUAGGAAAAGUAAAAAUCGGGAGGAUUAUUUCUUACAAUGUUCACAAUAAGUAGUGAGAACAUUAACUUUAAAUAUUGAGCAAAUUAUUGCAUAUAUUCCUAAUAACUAUUUUUUCCUUUAUAACAGAUUGAUAAAAACACACAGUAUUUUUUUUAGACUUAAAUCCUACAGUAUUGUGGGGGGGAAUAAAAGAAUGGCUAGCAUGUGUACAGAAAGAUAUGUGAAUAGGGUGCUUGCUUAAUUCUAAGUUUUGCCAUGUAGGCAAAGUAUUUAGUUGAGUUUAUUUGCAUAGGUGAACCAGGAUAUCAUGCUAAACUAUCAUAGUAGUUUGGGAUUGGUUAGUUAGGAGAACAAUAAUUGAGUGAAAUAGAUUACGUAGUAUUGGAAAAGCAGUGUUGUAGAGUGAUUAACGUGUUGGGUUAGGACCAGGGAGACCACAUUUCUAAUUAUUCUUUGGUUAUGGUAGCUCAAUCGUUGACUUUGGGCUGAUCAGUUUCUUUCAGUCCAACUCUCUGAAAGUACUGAGUACAAUGCCUUGAGCUCCUAAACGAACGGCAUGGUAGAAAUAUAACAAACAAAUGAUAUUAAUGUGCAAUAAUUGUAGCUAACUAAUGAAAGCAGAAUUUAGGAAGAAAGGUUUGAAAGUAUUUUGAGAUGAAAUUUAUUGUUAAGUUUAGACUAAGUCCAGUAACUGAUUUAAGUAGGUAGUCACUGGUAGAGAAAAGUAGCUCCUGGGGAAGAUGGCUUCAAACAAGUAAAUUCUUUUAGGAAUCUAGAAAAAGUGAAAAUCAGGGGAGGAUUAUUUCUUACAAUGCUCAUAAUAAACAGUAAGAAUACUUACAAUAAGUAGUAGGUUGUCAAAAAGGAAGUGAAAGAGAAUGUGUUGGAAGGAGAGAAAGAUUAAUGUCGCUUUAAAAAAAUAUCACACAAUUGGUAUGCAAGGCCUUUAAGAUCACUUUCCCUAAGAUGACAAGAGCUAUUUUACUAUUUGAUUUGAAGGUUGAUUAUGUCUCUUAAUGCUAAAGUGAGAUAGCAUCAAUUACAAUACUAUUCUCAUUUAGGAUCAGAAUGCCAAAUCUGUUCAAUAAAAAUGCUACAUAAUGUAUAUUAAAAGUUAAAUUGGUUUGUUCAAAAUGCAAGACCUAUAAGUUUCAUCCAGGCAACUUAUGCAGUUAUUGGUAUAUCAAACCAGAGUUCCCUAACCUUUUCAGCUUUGUGGACUGGGGGGGAGGGCAGGGAUGGUUCUGUGUGAGUGGCCAGCAAGCACACAUGCACACGCAGGUCCAUUUGUGCAAACGGCAGGCACACAUGCCUGCUGCUUGCACAAAUGGAGUGCAUACACUUGCCUGCUGCUCGUGCAAGUGGGGAUGUGCAUGUGCACAAACAGCGCUUUCGCAGACCAGUUCUGAAUGAUUCAUGGUAGUAGUGGGCCACGCUCUGGGGUUUUGGAAACCCCUGUAUCAAACGAUUCCAUAUAAACAUUACAGACUUAUUCCUCUGAAAUACAGAAUUUGAACGAAAGACAGAUAAACAAUUCUAUGUGAUGCUCACAAAAAUAUCACAACCUCUUACUUUGUUUACAUACAAAAUCUAUAACAAAGCAUUUCUAUUUUCUAUUUAUAACAAUAAAGCCCAAGUUAUGAUGGAUUAUAAAUCUACUUUAAAAAACUAGUUUUGUUAUUAUUUGCUAACUCAGAUUGAGCACUCUGUUACAGGCAUCUGAAGUUCUGAUUCUUCCUAUUAUUAUUAUUAUUAUUAUUAUUAUUUAUUAUAUUUGUAUACCGCCCAUCUCCCGAAGGACUCAGGGCGGUUCACAGCCAAAAAACAACAGAAAACAUAUAAUACAUAUAAACAGCUAAAAGAAUAGACAGUUAAAUUCAAUUGAUGCCCUAAAACUAUAAGUAUAAAUUUUAAAACCUCAUUUAAACCCCUUUUUUUAAAAAUCCCAAUUUAAAAACUACGUUCAAGCUAGUCCUGCUCUUCGAAAUAGUAACGUCUUCAGCUCGCGGCGGAAGGACCUGAGAUCGGGGAGUUGACGAAGCCCCAGAGGGAGCUCGUUCCAGAGGGUAGGGGCCCCCACAGAGAAGGCCCUCCCCCUAGAGGUCGCCAGCCGACAUUGUUUAGCUGACGGUAUCCGGAGGAGGCCCUCUCUGUGAGAGCGCACUGGUCGGUGAGAGGCUAAUGGUGGCAGUAGGCGGUCCCGUAAAUAUCCCGGCCCUAGGCCAUGGAGCAUUUUAAAGGUGAUAACAAGUACCUUGAAGUGAACCCGGAAGACCACCGGGAGCCAGUGCAGACUACGCAGGAGGGGUGUUACAUGGGAGCCACAAGGUGCUCCCUCUAUCACCCGCGCAGUCGCAUUCUGGACCAGUUGGAGUCUCCGGGUACCCUUCAAGGGGAGCCCCAUGUAGAGAGCAUUACAGUAGUCCAGGCGGGAUGUAACAAGGGCAUGAGCGACCGUGCAUAAGGAAGCCCGAUCCAGAAAGGGGCGUAACUGGCGUAUCAGGCGAACCUGAUGAAAAGCUCCCCUGGUGACGGCUAUCAUAUGAUCUUCUAAAGACAGCCGUGCAUCCAGGAGGACGCCCAGAUUACGAGCCCUCUCUGUGGGGGCCAAUAGUUCGCCCCCAAUGGUCAGUGAUGGAAUUAGCUGACUGUACCGGGCCGCCGGCAUCCACAGCCACUCGGUCUUGGUGGGAUUGAGUCUGAGUCUGUUCCUCCCCAUCCAUUUCAUCAUUCCUAUAAAAUCAGGGAGAAGCAAAAUUUACCAUAUAGAAUAUUAAUAUCCAUUAACAAUGUGAGCAGCUUCUGCUGAUAGAGUGUGCUGAUAAAAAAUAUCAAAGACCACAAUUAUCUAGGAAUAAGCUUCACUGAAUACAUGUUUAUGUAAAUGUUUAUAAAGUUUUGCUGCACAAGUAGGACGUCUUCAGAACCCUCCAAAGAGACAAAGCUUAACAUCUCAUCUUGAAACAGAGAAUAAAUCUAGAAACAUUUCUAAUUUAUGAAUCAUAAUUAUAACUUGUGAUUCUGUUGUUUGCACUGACGUUUCAGAGUAAGUUUGAAGUUAGGCAGUUGUUCAUUUGCUAACAUUUUCUUUUUUAAUAUUAUGGCAGCAUAGAGUAUUGAUUAAUUGUAGAAAUAAAGCAUAUGUGUGCAUUUGCCAAAGGUCAUGCUGAUAAGAGUGCAUUUGCUGCAAUUGUGGCAGAUUUAAAGAAAUAUCUAGGUUAUGACUUAAAAGUUUAAAAACUAAUUAAGGAGGUUACAGUGUAACUAUUUUGGUACUAGCACCAGUUCAUGCUGGCAGAAAAGACAAUGGUUUAUGGACUUGCAUCCACUUUGUAUUUUUGUAAUAUUUGUAAAUAGAACUUUUUAAAUUGUUUCUUUUUGUAAAAUGUUUUCAAAGUUUACAUUAAAACCAAGCCAGUUUGUAUAUUUUAGAACUGUGCAACAAUUUAAGUCUUGUAUUUAUUUUUAGUAAAACGGUGAUAGUUUCAGUGUGAAUCCCCUCUCUAAAAUGUGUCAAAAAAGGUCUGAUUAUCUAGGAAAUGUGUAUAGAAACUUCAAAUAAAUGUGACUGCA